CAUCCAUUUCCUUUCAGGCAAACAACACAGUUCCGUGGCAGCACAAAAGCUUUGCUUCUAGUGCAAAAAUCUCAAAAUUCAGAAAACUAUUGCUCCUGUGUGGACGUACCAUUCUGUAUUUGCUAUUUGGAUGUUAUGGAUAGGAACAGUACUUUUACUCCAAUCACAUGGCCACCAAAGUUUUGGGAGCAUCUAACAAUAGCCUUCACAGUGUCCAUGGUGAUUGGACUGGUGAUUGGAGGGAUCAUCUGGGCAUUUUUCUCCUGCUUGUCCCGUCGCAGAGCUAGUGCCCACAUCUCCCAGGGGAGCCCCUCAUCCUUCAGCCGUCGGUCCAGACCUUCCUCCCAUGGCCACACUGCCGGCAGGACUGGAUUUUACCGCAACAGCAGCUGUGAACGUCGCAGCAACCUCAGCCUGGCCAGCCUCACCUUCCAGCGACAAGCCUCCUUGGAGCAGGCCAACUCCUUCCCCAGGAAGUCAAGCUUCCGUGCAUCCACCUUCCACCCUUUUCUGCAGUGUCCUCCCCUGCCCGUGGAGACGAACAGUCAGCUGAUCACUCUCACUCCCACAAACACCACCACGACCCUUGUGGGAAGCACCACCAACAGCUUGAGUCGGCCUGAAUUCCACUGGUCUAACAACAACCUCCGCAUCUGCCACUCCACGCAAACCCCACCUCCCGCCUAUGAAACCAUCAUAAAAGCUUUCCCAGAAUCCUGAGCUUCGUCCUCGCUGCAAACACACAUGUGCAUCUUAGGAGGAACCUCAAUUAUCUCAGCAAUUUUCUGUGCAUGAUGAAGAUCUCCGAGAAGUCUCUAUCUGCAAUUGCAGAGGGGACAUGCUUUGCCAAGAGGAGUGAAGUGAUUUCAUGGAGCCCAACAUUCCCACUGUCUGAGAGAUCACUUGUCUUGCACUGCUGGCUUUUAUUUACUGCUCUGCUGUAUGCUUGCGUAUUUAUAGUGUUGUAUCUUUAAUUGCAGCCAUUGUCUCUUUAUUUUAGAGGGAAAAAUGCUGCCACAUAUAAACAAAAUCAUUUCUUGAAGAAACAGAUAAUACUAGAGAUUACUGAUAUACACAGCACAUCAAUGCAAAUGUCACUCUUCCUUUUUUUUAAAGACAUUUUGAUUUCACAUGUUUUUAUUACCUUUUCAGAGAAUACUCCUGUUACCCACCUUCUUGCUGUAACCCCAGAAGAGCUUCAGUCUGAGGAAGCUAAGAUGCAGAUCUCAUAGAGGAUGCAGUCCUGGCUGCUGUAGACAUUCUGUUCUGUUGAUUGCAAAGAUUUGAUCUGAGAAGACUCCAUAUUAGGGACGCUUGUUUCAAAUUGCCCACAGUGUGGGGAAAAAAAGAGUGGAGUAUAUAUAACUUCAUGAACACAGUUUUGAACAACAUAUUAAAUGCAUGAUAACAAUUAUAAAUAAUUUUCUGUCAGCAGCCAGCAGAACAGGUAGUCAUGUUUUAAUACCCAGUGAGGCUGUAUGGACAGAACUCCUCAUGUUUCAUUUUUCUAGCUCUGGCUAUCCAGAUAAGCAGUAUGAAUGACAACUAUUUUUUAAUUAAGUUUCCUGAUUUCCUAUGGGAUUAGUCAUUUCCUUAUUUCAAAUGGUUUUUCUCAAAUUGUACCAAUGUUUAAUUCUUUCUUUUAUUCACUGAAAUCUUGUCUUUCACUAAAACAAGAUUUCAGACAUCUGUGGCUGAAUACAGGAAUUGUAUAAUGAAUUGGGAUAUGAAGAUAAAGAUGAAGUAUUUAGUUGAGGCUUACAUGUAUUCUUGACUUUUAUAUGUGUGUCAUGCCAAGCUAACCCCUGGCUUAGUAGAGACUAAUUGCACUGAUAUGACAAAUGUUCAGGAUUUGGAAAUAAGAGGACAAAUGGGACCAAAUUAAGUCUUAUUGUAUCAGUUUCCUGUUAAAUUUUUCAUGUUCAAAUUAAGGGCAAAGAAUUUCCACAAGUAGAGGAGCUGUCUACACUCCACACUUGCAAAUAUGCCUGUUGUUUCUAAAAGGCUUGGGCAAUACCAGCCUCAGGACUCCUGAUUCUGAGGGGGCUUCUGUAGGGACAACAAGUUCUUGUCUCUCUUCUGGGAGAGACAAAGAUUCAGCAGUUUUGAGAAUGGGCAAAAUGCUUAACAUCUCCCAGAUUUUCCAGGCUUUUGGAGACUGGCAGCAUGAAUCCCUUUGCUGACGUCAACAUCCCUUGGGAAAGACUGGCAUUGAUCUCCGAUCCACAGUGUUCCAGUCCAAUAUCCACCCAUUCACAAAUACUGCUAAAAACAUUCAGCUUACAAGCAAUACUUACUGUAAACAACAAGUAUUCCUUAUUGUAAAGGCAAAUUAUUUUGCAUACUAUUUACUGACUGGAUUUAAUUGUUUUAUUUUUAGUGUGCAGCACAUCUGGAGAGAUGUAUGUCAUUGCUAGAAGAACAACAAUUUACAGAGUUUACAGAGCAUUUCAUUGCAGACACUAUGGGGUUCUAGCACACCCAGAGCUUGCUGAUAAAAUUGUAACACUGCAUUUGGCUGAUCACAGGCUACAGACUUAAAAUAGCAGUCCUCUGAAGAAAGAAAGAAAGAAAGAAAGUUAUGCUUUUUCAUUCUUUUUUUUUUUUUUUUUUUUUUUUUUUUUUUUUUUUUUUUUUUACAUUUAGAGUUUUUCUGAGUCUGGUGAAUUUCAUUGCAUGCAAAAAUAUGUUCAAAGUGUCCUUCCUAUAGAAUAGAUGAUGCAGCCUAUUCUAACCUGCCUACAAAAAGUAGAAUUCAAGCCUUCUCCCUUUGUUUAGUGGGUUUGAUGGACAGUGGAAGAGACAACUUACCCUACCAGCUGUGUACCCAGUGUGCACCCAGCUGGCCAAAACUCCUUGUUUCUUGAGAGUGAAAUGAUUCUAGAUAAGUAAAUUUUUACUUCUGGAUUGUAAGUGCAUGUUACAUUACAGUAGAACUUUCCACAGCACAAUUAUUACACAAUUGUUACUUGUAUUACUCUGCAUUUAGUAAACAUUGUAAAGAGGGAAGCUUAAAUGUACUGUAUUUUUUUUUUCCUCCUGAAAUCUGCACUGGAUAUCGAAACAUUUCUUAUGAGCCCUGGAUUAGGGAGACGAAAAUCACACAUGUUUGGUGCAUAGCCAAUAUGACUGUCAGAAACCUAAAACUUGUUUUCACAUCUGAAAUAAAUGUUUUGCAAGCAUUCAGGAAGCUUCAGAAUGUGGAAUAAAGUUAGAUGCUAUAAUCUCAAGCUCAUGUUUUUUCCUAAUGAUGAAUAUGUGAUUUGCAUAAAAUAUCCUUUAAAGGGAAGAGUAUUAUCUUUAAUUAUGCAAGCUGAUACAGUUAGAAAUGUGAAUGAGGACUCCCUCCUUCCUUUGCUUCUGUGGGGAAACACCCCAAAACUGCAGAUGUUAUUUGAAGUCAGGGUCAGAAUUUGCCCUAUGAGAACAUUUUCAAAGGAUUACGAGUGAGAAGGUCUCUCACAAAUAACAGUACUCACAGGUUUUAAUCCACUGCUUUUUAAGUACUUCAGCUUCAAUUCACAUCGUGUUUGAGCAAACGCUUGCUGUAAGCAAAAGGGCAAUCACUAUAAGGUUCAUGCUUAAAUGGACUCAUGCACAUUUUAUUGCAUUAGGACCAAAGCACACUGCAAAGGACCAACCCCCAAACUGGGGGAUUCGUGUGUUUGAUAUGCAAAAAAUAUUAUAUUUUCUUGAUGAAAUAAUCUUUUAUUUCAAUUUAAAAUACUAGAAUGAGCUUAAUUAAACCAGUGUGUUACUGCAGAUUUCAAGAUUUCAGAGCAUUCACAAGCAUGAAUUGAACUUGACAAUUAUUUUGCAUGUAAGACAAUUAAAAUGGUGCUACCAGAAUCACAUAGUGACUGAUAGGCAGAACUUUGAUCAACAUCCAGAUAUCCUGACACCUUGGUCUGAGUAAGCAGAACUUCUCUUCUUCAUGAAGAGAAACACUGUCCUGUUAUUGUCCAUGUCCACAAAAAAUCACUCCAGUUAUGGGUUCAUACAGAAGGCAGAACUUGACAGGUCUUUGUCAGAGAAUAUUUAUGUUCCCUCUUAUUUACAAAAGUAGCUCAUGCUGUAAUCCUUGAUCUUGCACCACUGAAGAGCUGCUGACCACCUCUUCGAACAGCUACUGAUGACCAUGCUGUAACACACUGAACAUGCAGUAUUUUUGCCAAAUCACAUUUUAAAGUUCACUUGUAAUUUAUCAUGAAGCUUUUGAAUCAUCUCAAAAUCCAUUCUUAAGUAUAAACUGGAAAUUAUGCUCACUGGAAAUAUCCUCUCGGAGGUGAAGUGACACAUGCCAGAUCCCUGACCUAUAAGCAUUUGAUAAAAUUAGGUGAUGUCUCUGAUGCAGUACAGCUUCUGUACUAACUGGAAAUUUAUCUCUGCCAAGUCUAGAGCAGACUAAAGAAAAAGGCAUUGAUAUAACUUCAAAAUACUGAGAACAGUAUUUUAGAAACUACACUUACAAAGUCUUAAAAUGCAAGGAAAAUACCUGUAUUUUUGUAUUCAUUUGGGUCUCUUAAUAAAAGUCAGUUUUUAAAGGGAUUGAGUAUUUGGAGCUCCUGUAUGACUUUGUUUGCAUGUUUAGCUUUCUGAAUGUCAAAAAGGAUGACAAGAUCCUAAUCUCCUUUUCAAUCUAAUAUUAAUAAUUGCUACAAUUGACCCAGUAUUUUUAAACCAAUUGGUCUAGAGAGUUCUGAGAAAACUACUGCAGCACUCAAUAGGUGAACCACUGCUGGCAGCAGCUCUUUUUGAAGCACACAAAGCAACAAACUUCCUCACACUGUAGCAGAAGCAGCAGCAGUGACUCCACUACAGAUCUCUGGCCUCACUGCCAGGUGGGGUCUGUGCAUUAUUCUGUGCUUUUGCUCUCAAACAUUUUGCAGGUUAAGGAAACAACUCUGGAGGAAUCUGGUUUGUGAGUCUUGUUUCUGCUUUUGACUUCUGUGAAAGCUUUUGACUUCCAUCAGGUUUCUGACGACACCAGUGCAUGACUGUGGCAACGCCUGAUGGGCAUGGACUGGAUUGAGGAGCUAUUUCAGUGAACAUGUUUCCUGUCUGCAUUCCCGGAGACAUUCUGCAUCAGAGACAUGUUUUCAUCUAUUUAGCAGCAGAAUCAAGUGAUUGUGUGCUGAGGGCUGUGAAGGAGCAGUUGCCCUAUUUUAGAGUAAGGAGUUCUUUUAAACAAGAGUAGCUUAAUCAUGAAAGGGAUUACGCACAGUGAUGGGACUGAGAUAGCAGGAAAUUGGAUUUGCUGAUUUAGGACAUUACCAUGCCUAUGACUAGGAACAGUAUGGAAAGGCACUGGAAUGCAAAAUUAUUCCUGUCUAGUUUAUGUUGGAUCUGCAUCCAUCUCAAUCCACUUUAUUUUACAGUAGCAUGUCGAUGUGCACAAAGGAAGGAUGAUGCCGCUCUCUUGUUCCAACUUAAGAAGAGCACAAAGCAUAGCUGGCAGUGAUGUGGGUUAUUUUGACAUGUAUGGAGAAGUUGCUGAUGAUUAAUUGCACAUUGAAACAGGAUGAAUCUCCUAGACUGAUCAGUCUAGUGCUUGAGAACAUGGACAGGCAAGCAGGAGUCUCAUUUUUGCCUGUGCUCUGUUCCUGUACCGUAUAUCCUGGUGAUCUUCUAAAGUUGUUGGGUUUUUUUCAUAAGAGGGAAGAAUUCCCUUUAAACCUUUUCUAGAUAGACUGUAGAUUUUCUUUUCUCCUUUAGUGCUUCUCCAUUUAGUUCCAGAGUAUCUAUCUGUGGAUAAGAAUGAUGACAAAAAUACACAAAUCUUCACUCUAUCCUAUUCUUUUGUUGUUCUGCCAGAACUUUCUUAUAUAGAAAAUCACUUUGAGGAAUUGAUUAGUUUGUGUGUGAUAAGCUCUCUAGCACUAGUUCGCCAGCAUCAAAGCACUGAUCUUUUUUUUCCCUUAAUCCCUUGGGCAAAUGUCAUGGAAAGAUACAGACACCUUUUUGUCAGGACUGAGUGGUAGACAACAUUUAGCAAAAUUCUGAAUUGCCUUACAAAAUUCUCAUAACUCCACAAUGCACUAAGGCAUGAUGAAGAUAUUUUUGGAUGAUUUGGGGUAAUAUAAAACUUGCUUCUAUAAAAAUUCCUGUAUGCACAAGAACACAUUUUUGGGUACUUGUAUAUACACUAAAUUAAAUCUUUCAAAGCUUCUAAAUGCUUCUAGGCAUUGAAUCACUUCUGACAAGGAAACUGAACAUUAAAUACAUUUCCACAUCAUCUAAUCAUGUUUGAAAUGUAUUAGCUUAAAAAAAAUUAAACUGUCUCUGAGACACCAAAGUUAAGCAUUUUCAAAUUUUUAUCUCUUUCACCAAUACAUGGAACCUGCUCUAGGGCAGAGAUAUUCCCAAUAAAACCAAAAUUAUAAAGGAGAGAAAUAAGAACACUGUGAAAGCUCAGUGUAGUUUGACAGGAUUCAACUAAUUCAAAUGCAUUGGAGAAUGGCAGAUUCACCAUGACUUCACAAAAUAAGGGAAGUGUGAGUGUGUUUGAUGUCCUGACAAUGUUCCUGGAAGAUGCCUGAAAUGAUCAUUCCCUGAUCCAAAACAAAGCAUAUGCAUCUGCAUGCCUUCGCACUGACAUUUUAUAGGUACUGAAGGCUAGAUGUCAUCAUAUACCUUUGAGUGCAUUUUUUCAGUUCACAGAGGUAUAAGUAGAUAUUCCUGCUUCAUUCAAGGCACUUGUAAGACAUUAAAUAGCUGGGUGAUUUAAAAGCUGCUUCCAGUGCUGGGCAUUACAAAGAUUUAAAAAUAAUCCAAGAAUGUUUCAGACAGACUUGUUGUGCUUAUACUCAAAAUCUGAGUCACUAGCAAUAAAAAAGUUUCAAGGCUAA